AUGGGAUACUUGAAAAAGGAUGAUUUGAAAAAUGGCUCGGGAGAUGCAAUUGAGCAAGCUCCGAGCGUCGAUACUGAGAAACAAUACCCGGUUCAUCAAGACAGUGAGGAUGACCAAGACACUGCACUACCUACGAUGCCCCCUUCAUCAGCCAUCAGCAUAGAUCCAACUGUUGAGCGUCGACUGGUGAGAAAACUGGACUUGAGAGUCCCGACUCUUUUGGGGUUUUUGUACCUACUUUCGCUUCUGGAUCGGAGCAAUAUCGGCAACGCGAAAAUCGCAGGAAUGGAAGAAGAUCUGAGUCUAAGCGGGGACCGCUACUCGUGGCUACUGACGAUCUUCUACAUUUCAUACACACUCUUCGAGUUUAUGGCGAUGAUGUGGAAGAUCGUUCCACCCCAUCGGUGGGCGGCGAUCACUGUGAUGAGCUGGGGCAUUGUCGCAACUUGUCAGGCGGCAGCACAGAACUGGCAGGGUAUGAUGGCCCUUCGAUUUCUGCUCGGGAUGUCGGAAGCCGCAUUUGGCCCUGGGACGCCCUAUCUACUGUCUUUCUUUUAUCGUCGCCAUGAAUUGGGGCUUCGUUGCGGCCUGUUCGUCUCUGCCGCGCCGUUGGCCAAUACGUUUGCCGGGGCACUUGCGUACGGCAUCACCUCCGGUGAUUCCAAAUUGGCCAAUUGGCGUUUGUUGUUCCUUGUAGAAGGAGCACCGUCAAUCCUCGCAGCCUUUCUCGCGUGGCACUUCUUGCCCGACCAUCCAUCUACUGCCAGAUUCUUGACCGAAGAAGAAAAGGAAGUUGCACGCGCCAGGGGGCUCCGGAGGAGCGGUGAAGGAGAGCGUGUAACAGGCAUUGACUGGAAGGACGUUGUCCAUACCCUUCUGGAUCUGAAGGCCUGGCUCACUGCGUUAAUGUACUUCAGCUGCAACGUGAGCUUUUCGUCGCUCCCCGUAUUCCUUCCCACCAUUCUCCAUAAGAUGGGUUUCACUUCAAUCAAUGCUCAAGGUCUCACAGCGCCACCGUACUUUGCUUCAUUUCUAGUCACCAUUGCGACUACCUGGAUCGCUGAUCGACUGCAACAGCGAGGGUUGAUGAUUGCUCUCCUCUCGCUCAUUGGCGCUGUUGGAUAUGUGCUGCUGGCCACUUGCACAUCGGUUGGGGUGCGUUACCUCGGCGUAUUCCUUGCAGCUGUCGGUGUCUUUCCCUCAAUAGCGAAUAUUCUUCCUUGGGUGUUGAAUAAUCAAGGAUCGGAUACCCGACGAGGCAUGGGUAUUGUAAUCCUCAACCUCAUCGGGCAGUGUGGUCCAUUCCUGGGUACCAAUGUCUUUCCGGAGAAGGAUGCGCCUCGAUACAUUCGAGGACAGUUCAUCUGCGCGGCGUUCAUGUUCUUCACGACCAUUCUUGCCCUUGCUCUCCGGUGCCUGUUAGUCUGGGAGAACAAACGGCUUGACCAGAAAUACGGGAGUGAUGCAAAGAGAGCGCAGGAGGAGAAUACUGUCGGGGAGGAGAACUACGGAUGCGGAUUCAGAUAUGUGUUAUAA